UUUGGAGAAGCAGAAAGUGAGCUGUGAGUGAAGAAGAGUUCGGUCGUUUUGAAAGUUUACAUUUGUUUUGAACUUUAGUCACCAUGGGCCAACAAGUCUGACAGAAGCCUAUCAGCGUGUCGACGGUCAAACAGCAUGGAGCCGAACAUCCGGCUGAGUAGCUGUAACCUGACAGAGAGAAGCUGUGAAGCUCUGUCCUCAGUCCUCAGCUCCAAGUCCUGCAGUCUGAGAGAGCUGGACCUGAACAACAACGACCUGCAGGAUUCAGGAGUGCAGCUGUUGUCUACAACACUACAGAGUCCACACUGCAGACUGGAAACUCUCAGACUGUCAGGCUGUCUGAUCACAGAGAAAGGCUGCAGAUCUCUGGCCUCAGCUCUGACCUCAAACCCCUCCCAUCUGAAGGAGCUGGACCUGAGCUACAAUCAUCCUGGAAUCACAGGAUUAACGCUGUUGACGGUCUACAGGAUUCACAAUCAAAGCUGGACACUCUCAGGUUGGAGCCUACUGGAAUCCAGUGGUUGACACCAGGUUUGAUGAAGUAUUCCUGUGAACUCACAAUCGACACCAACACGGUAAACCACAGAAUCCAACUGUCUGACAACAACAGGAAGGGGAUAUAUGUGAAGGACUCUGUGUUAUAUCCUGAUCAUCCAGACAGAUUUAACUGUCCUCAGCUGCUGUGUAGAGAAGGUCUGACUGGGCGCUGUUACUGGGAGAUUGAGUGGACAGAAGGAGUGAUUAUAUCAGUGAGUUACAGAGGAAUCAGCAGGAAAGGACACAAUCAGUCCUGGUGUCUGAGAUGCUUUGAUGAUGAUGGUGGAGUUGAAUACUCUGUCCUUCACAAUAACAAGGAGACACUUAUUACCCGCCCCUCUAUCUCCUCACCCUCCACCACGCACAGAGCAGCGGUGUAUUUGGACCACACUGCUGGCUCUCUGUCCUUCUACAGAGUCUCCUCUGACACACUGAUCCACUUCCACACCUUCAACACCACCUUCACUGAACCUCUCUAUCCUGGGUUUGGGUUUGGGUUCUGGUCCGGAAGUGAAAGUUCUGCGUCUCUGUGUCGUCUGUAGAGGGAGAGUCUCCUUCUGUUCACUGCUGAUCAGUAUCACCCCAUUCUAGGCUCUCCAUAACCUCCGUCACCUCUGUACCUCUCUGAUCUCCUUCAUACCGACACACUGACCCUACUCUCCGGUCUUCCUCCUCCACGCCGCUCUCUGUUCCUCCUGCCCGCUUAACCUCCAUCAUGGACCCGCCGUCUCUGGAACUUUCUACCACCAACCCCCCAUGACACAGACUUUAUCUCCACUUCAGAAUCCCCCCCCCCCUUCACUCUCACCUCUUCAACACGCUAUUUUCUCCUCCUCCUCUCUGACAUCAUUUAUUUGUUGUUUUGUUUUCUUGUUGUUCUUUGUUGAGCGUCUUUGAGGAUUCAGAAAAGUGCUAUUUAAGUGUAAUGCACUAUUAUUCUUAUUCUUAUAAUGAACUGGAAACACGUGACAGACACCAAUGAAAACAUGGAAGAUGUCGUGUGUUGCUUUAGUUUUUUUUGUAGAAAUGACCAAAACACGAUAAACUUUGUGAUUGUUUUUUAAUGAAGCAGAACACUUGUUCAUUACCAAAAAAAAGCCGUUACAAUAACAUUAAAUGUUGUGCAACGCUGACACAGAAAAGGGAAUGUGUGAGUUUGUCCUACAGAACCAACUAACGACCUCCGAACCCGACCGCAGCUCAUCCAGGCCGUGACGUACUCCAGCUGUAGAAUACUGUUUGUGUGUUUGUGGGGCCAACAAACUGAGGCCUCGUUUACACGACAACCACUUCAUCUUAACACGGUAAACUUUCACGGUUUGGCUGUUUGUUUACACCACAACGGCGUUUUCAGUGUGCAAACUUUAAACAUACAGCAGCGUCUCCGUCGACGUGUCGACUGGAAAACGCUGCUUCUCUAAAAACGUAGACUCUACGGCGUGUGCAUUUCAGUUCCGGUCGAUGGUCGUGAGCGAGGAGGUGGACUACAACAACAAUGGCCGACUUCUGAGUUCUGUUUCUGAAAACAUCGACUGUCACGAUUCGGUCGACAUUUUGUCAAAAUGUUUUGUUUGUUUACACCUCACCGCUCUGCAGAAGGAACAGCCUGUGCACAAAACAUGAAUAUAUUACAUUAAACGACAGCGUCUCCCGCUAAGUAACUUUAGCACUCAGUUACUUUCAGACAAACGCCGCUUGGGGGUCAAACAGUUAACGCUCUUUGAUAUCGAGGCCAAAACACCGAGGUUUAAUAUGAAAUUACAUGAACGCCUCUUUUUUUUCUGACCACACGCCGACUGAGAUCGUGAUCAGCUCGAUGAAUUAUCUUGUGUUCUGAGAGAAGGCGGUAAACGUUCCCGCUGAGAGCGAAACUAAAUCUCAAUC